AUGAAUCUCACAGAAGAGGAAUCCUGCGUCCAUUCAAACAUUUCCUGUUUGGACAGUUCACGAAAAGCAGCUUCUGUGCUGCUAUACAUGUCUGUCGCAGUAAUUGUCACGCUGACAGUGUGUGGGAACCUGCUUGUGAUCAUCUGCAUCUGUCACUUCAAGCAGCUUCAUACGCCAACUAAUUUCCUCCUGCUCUCUCUGGCAAUGGCAGACUGUCUUGUUGGGGUAAUUGUGAUGCCCCUCUAUUUUACUAUGUUGAUAGAGCCACACAGUUGCUUUGGUAUAUUGUAUUGCACAAUUUUUAAUGUAGCAGCAUUUUACCUCACUUGUAUAUCCAUUUAUAAUGUAGCUUUAAUUGCAGUGGACCGAUAUAUUGCUCUCUCCAACCCAUUUCACUACUCCAUGAAAAUGACAGUGAAUGUAACUUUGAGGAUAAUAGCAAUACUGUGGUUGUAUUCAUUAAUCUACAAUAUGGUGCUUCUUUAUUUCAAUGGAAAUAUUAUUGACAUGAAAGCAAACGUCACAUGUGGUGAGUGUAUUGUUACAGUUAAUAAUGUAUGGGCCAUUGUUGACUUCAUUAUUGUAUUUCUUUUGCCAUGCUCAAUGAUUAUAAUCAUAUACCUGAACAUUUUUGCUAUUGCUAAAAAGCAUGCAAAUAAAAUUAGGAGUGUCAGAAAGUGCCCAAAGAUUAAGAAUGUUUCUAUGGCCUCUGAAAGGAAAGCAGCAAAAUCCCUAGGUGUUCUAGUGGCAGUCUUCCUUGUGUGUUUAGUACCCUACUAUAUAAGUGCCUUCCUUGAUGUUUAUGUAAGGAAAAGAUCUGUGCAUCUGGCUGUUUCCGGUACAUUGACUCUUAUAUAUUUAAAUUCUUCCAUCAAUCCUAUAAUUUAUGCUCUGUUCUAUCCAUGGUUUAAGAAGUCUGUUAAACUCAUUAUAACACUUAAGAUAUGUGGCACAGAAUCUUCAGUCUUGCAUGUGCUGGAAAAUGAUACAUAA